AUGAAGUCUCUUAAGACACUGAAUGAGCUUUGUGGAUAUGCUGAGAAAGUUGAUAAAAAACAACAAAAUAAAGAUGCUUGUAAAAACCUUUUAGAUAACCUCUGCACAGGCCUCGAAAAAUUUCUCGGCUUCAGUAACGGGAGUUACACCGGCUCCGGCAUCGUGUACUCGGACCUUGACAGGCUGUGCGACGGGGUGAUGUCUUUCCUUCAUGGUGUUCUUGAGACUGUGAAGGGUGAUGAGAGUGUGAAGAAAUAUGAUCAUAAAACUGAAAACAUUAAUAAAAUUAUUGAGACUCUUAACUCUAAUGUAGGUAAAGGCCGUCAGGCCUUCGGUGACGCCGUGUCUCAGGUAAGUUCGACGUCCAAUGUUACAAUUGAAUUAGGUAAAUAUGUUCAAGAUGUUUCAAGACAACAAGACAAGCCCCUCAAGGAGCAACUGGACAACUGGACCAAGACAGUCGAGGACAUUAAUACUCACAUUAACGACAACAUAAUCACUAAUGUUUCUAAAUUAGAUCCCGCACUUAGCGAUAAGAUCACGCGUAAAAUUGAGCCCGUGCAAAAGGUGGUGGCGCACUUGGGGAAGGUGGCUGGGGAUGGCGGCCUUGAGAUGAUGGUGACUGAGGUGGACAAUGAGUUGCUGCAGCAGAAGAACAAGUUGGAAGGAAAGAUCAAUAUGCAGACUCAUAUUGUGCAGGUGACGUUGGAUGAGGAGUUUGGGAAGAUUUUGAAAAACAUGAAUAUUUUGCAUAGACAAAGGCAUGAACACUUCAAAGUUAUCAGAGACUCUUUGGAUGUGGCAAAGUUGAAGGUUGAUGAGUGGUUAGGAAAUCCCACCGGAACCACGCGAGUUGAGAUUUUGGGAUUUCUUGAUGAAGUCACAACGCAGAUCAAUGGAGUUUACACUACCUUGUUGUCCAAGAAAUUUGAUCUUGAUAAGUUAGUGGAGCAGACGCAAGAACACUUUGAGACCUUGAAGAAAAAUACGAUUAGCCUUAUAGGUAAAAAUGAGGAAAGUAUAGAGUACAAUUGGAAGAUUCUUAAGGCAAAGGUUACUCUGCUUUGUGAGAGUAUUUCCUAUGGUUAUGAUGGUACAUCCGGCCAUCUUGGUGAGAUUGAGAAUAAAGUAAAGGAUUAUGCUGGGGAGUUCAGUAAAGAGAAGUUUAAAAGUAGUGUUGUAGAUGAAUGGUUAAAUGAUGUUUUGAGAACUGGAGGAACAGUGGAUUUGUCGAUUGAUGCUUAUAUUUUGAGUAACAAGCGCUCUGGCUAUUUUCAGCAACAGGACCAAGGUGGGAUAAAACAAAAGGUUAUAAAGCAUAUUAGAAAGGUUAUUGACUCGAAGCUUCAAAGCAUAAUUACAGGCGUUACUGCUGUAGAAAACUCUGACAAAGCUGGAAUCGCUACUAAUUUAACAAAGAUAAAAACUUGUAUUGAUUCAUUCGUCCAAGAGCUGACGAAGAGUAUGCAAUCGGCAGAAUUUAAAAGCUCUAAGAUAGUUCCCGAAAUUGUUGCAGAAUAUGACAGCGACAGCGGGUUGGUGGUUAAGUCCAAGAAAGAUACACAAGCUGACAACCUUCUCUAUUCCGCCUUCAACCGCAUACUUAAACAUCUGACUGAACGGGCAAAGAAAGCUUCCACCGAACGUGCAUGGCUUGACGGCACCACGGACAAAACCAGGGUAAAUGGCAAAUCCACCAUCGCCAACGAAAUAGAUGAAGCAAUUAAGAAAGUCGAACUUAUUGGCAAGGAGUUUAAGGACGGAGAAAACAGCAAACAGAGCCACGGUAAGAAACUUGACGCGGCGUUGAAGACAGUUAAGCAGGAAAUUGAUACGCUGACUCCUUUGUUGAACAAGGCAGCGAAAUCCGGCUCUAUUCUUAAGAAGCUGGGAGAGAUGUCGCCACCACUUGCCACACUUGAAAGAAUCCAGAGAAAUGAUGCGACAGGCGAAAUAAACAAGAAAAGGAAAGAUGUCGAUGAUAAGAUGCAGGCAUUGAGGGAUAACAUUGCAGCCGUCAUUACGGCUAUCACAUUAAAUGUAGAUAAAGCAGAUAAAUCGUUAUAUGAAGCAAUCGAUGCGGUCGACAAAUCUGCUCGAUCGGCACAGAGGAUUGCGGAGGACAGCGUUAAACAACUUGAAAAUGCCCUCCUCCAACAAGUCAAAACAUCCUUCACCACCCUCACAAAUUCCGUCCGCUCCCUCUUCUCCACCUCCCACGCCGCCGACCUCCAGGCCCUGCGCGAACUCGUCGACGAGCAACUGCGGGAAGUGCAAAAAAUAAUCGACGCGGACGCAGUCACGGGCGUGAAGGGUCUUUUACAAGGUUUGAAUGGUAUGAGGUUUGGCAUAAAUAAAUAUGGCGUACCACAAUUUACGACGUCUCCAGACAAGAAUCUGCUUCAGCAAAUUAAAAAAGAAGCAGAGUCUCAUCAGUCAAAUACACCAAUUAAGGACACUUUCACGAAAUUAGCAAAAGCGUUCCACUCAUACUUCACUCCAAUUCAUAGCCAUAUUGAGCGUCAGAUCAUGGAGCAACUUGAAAAGUUGCCUGACGACAAGCGUACCGAUGAGAACCUUAAUAAGCUUAACAAUGUUAACUCUAAUUUUGACACUUUACUUACUCACUUUAAUGAUACUAGCACUAAAACACCUACCAGAAAAUACCUCUACGAUUACACUUUUGAUGGUCACCUUAAUACUCUCAUUUCCUCCCUCUCCUCUCUAUCCCCAAACCAAUUCGCAAACCCGCGGCACCCGGAGCUGCUGGACGCUGUCAAGGAAGGGCUGCAGGGAUUUACCGAGGAGCUCAAGAAGGCGUAUGUUAAUGCGUAUGAGGAGCAUCCGGAUCAAAAAGAGUGGAAAGAAUUUGUGAAAGCUGCAGCACAAUCUCCCUCUGAAAAAUAUGUUUUGACUUCUUAUGGCACAAAUUUGUCGAAAGUAUUUUUGACCGUACUUGAGAUACUAACCUAUUAUCUGUCUAAAUUGAGGGAAGCAAGUAAGCAUACGACGAAGUGGAGAAAUCAAAAAGUUAAUUUGCAAACUGACCUCGGAAAAUUCCUGAAGAAGCAUGGUUACGAGGUGUCCGGCUCUGCCGAUAAGCAGAACGGAGAACUGAACAAAGACAAAGAUGGGUGGGAUAUUUAUCGUCGCCUGUGCGGCUCAAUAACAGAGAAUCGUGUUUAUAUAGUUGAUAUUGACAAUACGCAAUACGGCGGUCGACUCACGCAACUUGUAGGCCACCUCCACCAUUAUUACCAGGUCCGUCACUACUACAUCCCUCCGAAACCCAGAGCGCCGAGCAGCGUGAACCAGAUGUUACAAUGGCUUGCCGGGUUGUACUACAAUCCAAUCUUCGGUCAAGUUAAAGGCCAGAUUAAUAAACUGCUCGAGGGCCUACAGGAAGAACAUAAAUUAAACGACGCAGCACUCGAAGUCGCCGUUCCAGAUGAUAUGAAAACAGGCAUUCAAUCACCCCUCGACGCUGGUCAAGUAAACAAAGUACUUGACCGUAUAUGCUACCACUCUUAUUACAUGCUUACCCAAUUUCUCGGUCACGGCCAAGCAGACGGCCGUUACGCCUGCGAAUUUAAUACCAACACAGACCAUUUAUAUUAUCCUAGUCGUGCUAGUGCCUGCUUAGAUAUGCUUGUAGACCUAGUAAAUCGAUUGUUCCAGCAACUACGCUUCCUGUAUCUGCAAUGUACCCAUCAAGCUAAGUUUGGUGGCUGGGCAGACUGCCAUUAUGGCAAAAAUGUCGGCGGUUCAAACUGGAAGUGCAACGAUUUCCAAUGUCCUAAACAAGACUGUGACCAAAAGCAUAACCUAGCAUGUAACCAAAGUGGUGACCAAAAGAGUGGCCAAACAGCUGACCAACAUUACGACUGUGGCAUUAAGUCACCGCUGCAAUCCUUCCUUGAGGACGCAUUGCCAGGCUUUUUGCCACAUUCAUUCAAAACGCCUGGUUGUAAAUUAACCUGUAGUUUAAGUAAUCACCAUGGCAUUCCAUGCAUCACUCCAAUGGGAUUCUCCGAUAUUGGCAUUGCUGCAUCCCAUACUAAAAACGGCAGGUAUCUCAGGGAGCACUUAUUUCAUUUCUGCGAUAGGCCUGACGGUCCCCUCCGCCAGCUGUGCUUUAUGUUCAAAUGUCUGAUGCCCGCUCCACCGAAAACUCUGGGUGAUAUGUUUGCGUUUUAUUAUUUAUUCAUAUAUGACUGGAAUGGUAAAGGCAAAGAGCACAGACAGACGGCGUUCAACGAUGCCGUCAGCGAGGCAUAUUUUGGCAAUGCAUAUACAGCUCUUGAUCCAUGUCCCUUGUUUGCUAGCAGCGGUCACGCCAAAAGCCACAACAAUGGUAACCUGCUGAGCAUAGUGAAUUGCAAUUCGGAUGCGAAGGACACAUGUGGUCAUUAUGUCGAAUCACUCUCUUCCAAUGUCUAUAACGUGUUCUCUUCCUCGCACAAAAAGCUAUACCUGUCUUGGAUCGUUUACCUCACAGAAACGUUUUAUGAUAUGCUUCAGAGAUUGCUCGAUGAAUGUUGUAAGAAAUGCGAUACUCCCGGUAGCAGAUGCCACGACAGACGAUGUGCAGAUAAGUGCCACGUAAAAUUGGCACAUGAAUCAAAGGACUCCACUGCUGAGGAAAAGUCAAAAAAGCUGGCAACCGCAAUACAUCAAUCCGACUGCAAAUCCAUAUCUCACUGCCCUUCGAUGCGUCCAACAUUAUGUAAAUUCGGCUUCGCAUUUGCGAGUCCAUCGAAGCUAAACGGUUAUGGCUUCAUCGGGAAAAAACGUUCGUGCAAAGAUUUUUGCAGCGCAUUGAAAAACAUCCUUAAAGAACAAUCCAUUCUCAUUCAUUUUAUUAAGCAGAUCGACGAGUUCAUGUGGGCUAUAAGAGAGAAUUUCUCCUACCUCUUGUUAGCCCUCUGGUCGCUCUCGCUCCUGUACCUGCUGCACAUCGCCGUCGUCCGCCUCGACGUCCUGAGGAUACGCUCCCACCUGAGAUCACCCGCAAGCCACCGCAUCGCCGCCCAGUCGCUGCUCGCCGCCGCACGCGUCAAGGCACUCGCCAACGUCAACCAAAUUAACAACCUUAAAAAAUCUGACAACCCUAAUGAAAAUAAGCUUAAUAAACUUCAAUCUGACUUAAGCAGCCACAAAAGUGAAGUGCACAACAAUACGUCCAAAAGGGACGGUGCGUUGAAGGACAUCCACUCCAGGAUGGUGUCUCUUGCUGAGCUCAGUGGGAAGCUUGGCCAAUUUAUUGGCCAAAGUGAAGCUGUUACCAAAGCAAUUAAAAAUGGCAUUGACAGCAUUAUUGACAGUGAUGAAGACUUCAAAAGCCUUAGAAACUCUCCGUCUUCGCCUGUGCAGUCUUCCACUUCCGUGCCUGCUGUGUCCAUAGAUACUGAUAAGUUUGAUGAGAAAAUUAAGCGUUAUGAAGAGCAAAUAAAGCUUCUUAAACCUAAAAUAGAAGAACAUAAAACCCAAAAAACGUCUGUCCCCGAUGACCUUAAUAAGUCUCAUGAGUCUUGUCAGUCCAAGUUGGAUGCUCUUCAGAGGCUGAAGAGCCUUAAUGAGUCUUUUAAAUCUCUUAAUAAUAAACAUGAUGAUGCUUGUAAAAACCUUUUAGAUAACCUCUGCACAGGCCUGGAGAAGUUCCUUGGUUACCAAGGAACCUCCAAAGGCUACGAUGGUUCCGGCAUCGUGUACUCGGACCUUGACAGGCUCUGCGACGGGGUGAUGGCGUUUAUCCUUGAAUGCCUUAAAGGCAGUCAAACACUCUUACAUCAUUAUUAUCCUCAGAUUAUUGACACUAUAAGAGAGUUAGAAGAUAAAAUAGGUAAGGGCUCUGGUGUUUCAGGAUUUCGCGAUGCCAUUGGGAGAGUGCAGCAGGGGCUGCAGGGGUAUGAGGGGGAGAUGGAUGGAAGAACGCAGAAGGUAAUUAGCGAGUUAGAUACCAUAAUAACCUUAAUUAGCGUACAAUUAUCCUACAUGCCUUCAAUUAAAUCAAGCAAGCUUAGUAGCAUUCAGAAUGUGAUGAAUAAGCUGCUGGAGGGGGCCGUUAAAGCGAUGAAAGGCCUAAAAGAAAACAAGGAAGGAUUUAAUGGGCUGGAUGAAGGCUUGAAGAGCAAGUUGAACAUUCCAUUGGAUAAGCUUAGCAUCGCAUUGACGUUGUUAUAUGAGUCUGCAGAUAAUGAGAAAUUAAGUGAGAAGGCUGACAAGGUGGAUAAGGAGUUGGUGGUGCAGCAGAAAAAAAUAACGGACGAGAUUUCGAUGAAAUCUGAAGAAUUAAAAAGAACGCUGAAUGCACAGUUUUGGAAAAUAUUUGAAGAAUUUGGAAGAUUGAGAAUUGAGAAGAAAUUGCAGUUUGAGCGUAUUAAUGAGCGCUUGGAGGAAGCACAGAAGUUUCUGGAAAGCGAGUUCGACACAAAUUUUAGCGAACAAAUAUCCUGGAAAUUUGAUGAGAUCAAAAUUGCCGUUACUAAUGCGUAUGACACUUUGAAAGCGCAUAAGGAUGUUCUUGAUGGAUUAGUGGCGCAGGCGGAGCAUGAGUAUGGGACAAUAACGAGAGGAGUCAAAGAAGAUGCUACGCGAUCAAGCCAUGAUAUAAGUAUACAAAAGAAUUGGAGAGAGCUUCAAGUUACAAUGAAUGGGCUUGUUGCAACUUUGACUAAGCCGCGUGCAGGUUCUGCUGAAGGUGGUACACUUCAACAGAUUGUAGACGGGGUAAUUGCGUACGCGCAGGGGUUUGCGCAGAAAGCUUUCGAGCAAAGUACAUUAAAGCAGUGGGUGAAAGAAAUUGUUAAUGCCAAAGAGACUAUUGUUAGUAGCAGAAUCGGCACGUAUGUUAUAAAUAACAAGGCUAAUGGGAAGCUAAAUGACAUAGGAGAUUGGGAUGCAAAAGGGCAGGCAGUUAAAGCGGCCAUCAUAGCAGAACUCCCCGGGUGCAUUAACACCGGUGUUGAAAGUGCUGCUAUAAAAGCCGGACUUCAAAAGGCAACAGUUAAAGACAUUGGUGCCAAGUUCAAUGAAUUUUCCAGUCAAGUUGAAAAAGAACUUACAGGAUCGGAAAGUAAAGAAACAAUGGAGGCUGCAGUCAGGAAGAUUGGGGAGGCGUUAGAGAUGAAUCGAAGAGUAAAUCCACGAACGCCUCUCUCCGACGAUAAACAUCUCACAGACGUUGUUAAAGCCAUUGCUAACUCUAUCGUUAAAAACUUUAAGCAAGUCGCUGAAGAACUCCAGCGGUUCACUGCAUCGUCCAAGAUUAACACAAAUCUGGAUGCAGCUAUACUAAGUGUGAAAACCAUAAGCUCGCACUUUAACGGCGGCCAUAGAAUUGAUGACGCUUUGAGCGCCGUUACGCCUGCAAUUACAAGGCUCGAGAAAUUGUUACAGAAUAAAAGCGGUGAAAUUGAAAAGAAUCUUGAUGAGCUAAAAAGUGACGUUGAAACCCUUGGAAAUGCUAUUAAAAAGAAAGACGAGAAUGGCAUUAUUGCGAUAAAGAAACACGAAGCUGACAAGAAAAUGAAGGAUUUGAAACAUACAAUAUCUUACAAAAUUAAUCUAAUCAGGGAGCAAGUCUCCGAUGCCGAGAAAGCCUUGACAUAUGCAAUUAAAACCUUGGAAGAUACUGUUGCAGCAGCCAAAGAGGCUCUAAAAAAUGCAAUAUCCACCGUCCAAACUCAGCUCACCGACGAAGUCAAAAAGGCCUUCAAAACCGUGACUGAGGAGGUCCAGGCGUUGUUUUCUGUGCAAAAGCAGACGGACCUAGAAGUCUUGAAGCAAUGUGUUGAAUGGCACAAGGAUGAAAUGAAAGGGAUGAUUGCAGAAGAUAAAAAGAGUGGCCUUAAAGGCUUCUGUGGGAAAUUAAAUGAACUCUUUGUUACAAAAGUUUCUGACAUGAAAGAUAUUCCGACGUUCACUUCUUAUUUCGAAGCCCCGGAGAAUUCUCCGCUGAAGCGUGCCGCUGGCCUAACAACAAAGGCCUUCUCAGGUUUCAUCGGCGAGUUGCAAGAUCAGGAUGACUUCAAGGCUCUGUAUCCCAAAGUGGAGCCGUCUGUGAAAUCGCUGAUAGUUUUACUGGAAAAUAUCGUGACUUCUAGACACUUCGACUACAAAUUUAGUGAUCACCUGGAAACACUUCAGAACCUAUUAUCUACCUUCGCCCCCUCAAAAUUCACCGAUCCCUCUAACCCAAUUCUGCAGUGCCUUAAAGAGGGGAUUCAGCAAUUGUACGAACAGUUGAAUAUGGCAUACGUUUCCAAGUACUCCGGGGCUUUCAAAAUGUUCAACUGGGACGCCGACGGCCCAAAGGCCGCGCAGGCAUGUCUGAGUUUUCUACCCACGCUGGCUCAGGAUUUGAUGACGUUGAAGAGUUUCAGCAACAGUGACUGGCAAAACAAGCAAAUAUAUUUGUAUGACAGUAAUAAAACUCAGAACGGCUUGGGAGUAUUUCUCGCUAACCGCGGUUUCAAAGUCCCGAGCCGCCAUGAUAAGAAUGAUGCCGAAUUGCGUAACAAGCCAGAUUGUACCGGUUCACAUAUCUUUAGCAAGCUCACCGGGAAAAUAAAUGGCGGCGCAGAUAGACUCUUUACCUCCAUAAAAGGGGAGAAAGAAGAAGGCUUAAUUACGAAGUUGUUUAAUUAUUACGAAAGUUAUUUGCAAGUGUGCCACCAAACGCUUCCGUCCGCAGCCAGAUACCCAUGUUCAGUUAGGGACAUGCUCUCUUGGAUGUCCGGCGUUCCGUAUAGUCACGUGUUCCCAAAAUUGCCGGACCAUAUAACCAAACUUCUAAAUGAAGACGCCAACAAGAAUGAUACUGUCAUGACGACGGUCCUCAAAUCCCAAACGCAUAAACCGCUCAGAGAGUCUUGUAAGAGAUCCGCUCACCUACUCGUCGCAAUCUGCGGCAACGGUCACGGCGCAGAGGAAUGUGAUUACCCGUACAGUGUAUGUUUCUCCAAUAACCACGGUAAUUUCUAUUAUCCUUCAGACCCAGCGACGCUCCUCGGAAUGGUGUAUGAGAUAGUCAGACGUCUAUGUUAUGCGAUAUAUUUCCUGUAUGCACAGUGUAAACGCACUGCGUCCGCCGGCAACGGAUGGAAAGAGUGCGCUUAUGGCCAGGGUGUGCCUUCAGCAAACUGGUCGUGUAAGGACCACUCAAAGUCCAAACCAACUGACCAACCUAAGUGCCAACCAAAUGGUCAAGCAAAUGGCCAGGCAAACACCAAACUGAAUUGCCCACCUACGUCUCCACUUCAAUCUUUCCUUAGAGACAGCUGUGCUGGCUUCCUACCGCAUGUCCUCACUGCAAAGAACAAUGCCAUUAAAUGUUCUAGUUGCAAACACAACCAACCUGGGCAGCAAUGUCUCACUCCGAUGGGUUUCCGUGACCUUGACUUCGCUGCCUCCGUAGAACAUACAGGCGAAUACCUAACGUAUUACUUAGAAACUCUGUGCAGUGAUGCAGAUGCGUGCCUCUUCCAACUGUGCCGUUCGUUGUCGUAUAUCUGUCCCACAGCGCCUAAGACAUUGGCUGAUGUGUUUACGUUAUAUACUCAGUUGUUUAGGAGGUGGGAAUCGGACAAGGCACGAAAAGCAUCAUCGUAUUAUGAUAAUAGUGCAUACCUUACUCACAUUAAGGAUAACACUAUCGAAAAUUCCUUCCCACUUAACAAGAACGUUCACGAUAACUUCGACAAUUCGAGCCUGACCAAUGCUAUCACGGCGCUUGUUGGACAUGGCCAUCAGAGUCACGAUGCGCUUUCCAGUCUUUUCACUACGGAAGUCUGUACACAGAAUAAUCUAUGUGCCCCUUUCAUAAGACCGCUGGCAUUUUCUACUUGCCACACCUAUCCGCAAAAGCACGCCAAAUCGUACCUUUCAUGGAUACUGUAUUUAGCGUGGGAUUUGUGGAAAUUCCUAAAAUCGUUUUUCGACGCUUUUGAGCAAAUUGAGUGCAAAGCGCACGGUUGUUCAACGUGCAGUUGCAGGCCAGGUAAACAUGGCCACUGUGAAGACGAUAACCCGUCAUGUAAAUGUUCUUCAGUUGUCGGCUGUCGAUCUGUGCUUCCAUUGUUGUACAAAUAUGGGAUGACAUUUGGCAGCACCAGCAGAUUGCAACUCACUGACGUUGCCACAAGAAAAUGUCACCAUCUACACAAGCAGCUUAACAGCGUGCUGAAAUCGCAACUAUUCGACACAUUAUUCAAGGAAUGCGACAAUUUCUUGUGGUACAUAAGAUUACCAUUUUCUUUCUUCCUCCUCGCCCUCUGGUCGCUGUCGCUCCUGUACCUGCUGCACAUCGCCGUCGUCCGCCUCGACGUCCUCAGGAUACGCUCCCACCUGCGCUCGCCCUCAAGCCACCGCAUCGCCGCGCAGUCCCUCCUCGCCGCCGCACGCGUCAGGGCACUCGCCAACGUCAAGUACUUCUCACCAUAA